UCCUUAGGAAACGCCGCUCUGCUCGGAUUACAAAAGGAUUUGAAGCUGACUGCGGCUGACUACAAUUGGCUGGGUACCAUAUUUUAUGUAUCAUACCUGCUGUUUGAAUAUCCUCAGAACCUCGCCCUUCAACGUUACCCAGUCGGAAAAUGGCUAGCUUUCAAUGGAAUACUUUGGGCGAUUUUAGUCGCCUCUCAAGUAGCGUGCAAGAAUUUCUGGCAAUUAUUUUUGUGCCGCUUUCUCUUGGGAGCUUGCGAGGGAUGUGCUACGUCGGCUUUCAUGAUCAGCACCUCAAUGUUCUACACUCAUCGAGAGCAAGGAUCAAGAACAGGUUACUGGUUCCUGAUGAAUGGUAUCUCGGUGGCUACUAGCAGCUUCCUUAGCUUUGGUGUGCUUCAUAUCCGCAGCAAAAGCUUCCAUCCCUGGCAAUGGUUUUUCAUUUUCACGGCAAUCAUCACAAUGAGUGUAUCACUCCUGUUGCUCUUUCUCUUUCCCGACUCCCCUGCGACCGCUUGGUUUCUGACACCGGACGAAAGGGUGAAAGCUAUCUUACGCAUCAAAGUCAAUCAGACAGGCGUUGAGAACAAGCAUUUGAAGCGACAUCAAGUUAUGGAGGCUUUGAAAGACCCCAAGACCUGGGUGUGGUUUUUCUAUUCUCUUGUGGCUACCAUACCUAACAUCACUAACCAACAAUCACUCAUAAUAAAAUCUCUGGGACAUUCAACGCUUUCUACUACACUUUUGAGCUCGGUCAUUGGAUUCGUACAAGCCGGCUCGAUACUCAUCGGGGUGUUGUUAGUGAGAGCGUUCAAAAACUCACGAGCUAUCGUAGCCAUAAUUAUGUCGGUACCGAACAUCUGCGCCACCAUAAUUUCUAUCGUAUUUCCUUGGAGCUCGAAAGUUGCGCUUCUCAUCGCUAUCUAUCUUAGCUGGUUUGCUUCGACACCAUUUGUCAUUGUACUAGGAUGGAUCACAUCCACUACCGCCGGGCAUACCAGUAAGUUCCGAUAUCUUCGCUAUCCUAAUUUGAAACGGUCAGGUUACUGUAUUGGCAACAUCAUUGCCCCCCAGCUGUGGCAAUCCCAGUACAAGCCUAGAAACAUUGUCCCUUGGUCAUUGAUAUUGGCCUGCUACUUGAUUUGCUCCACAUUGAUCAUCGGAAUGAGGUUUUACUUGAAGAAACAGAAUCGAACAAGAGAUCAAGACGAGCUUGUAACAUGUGCCGGAUCGCCGAAAACAACCGUGGAAGGAAGUUCAGAAAACAAAUACCAUCCAACAGGGCUGGAACCUAAGGUGGACAAAGCAUUUAUGGAUCUGACGGAUCUCCAGAACAGAGGUACGUCAUCAUUUAAUCUUCACAGAGAAGAGUCCAUGUCAAGCAAUUAA